UUUUCGGACUCCGCCCGCGCGCGAGGAGUAUAUAUAAGCGACAGCUGAUCUCGCAAACUCUAUCCCCACUCUCAGCUUUUUCCUCUUUCUUUUUCUAUAGAGGCCCCGGCCAAGCUAGAAUAGAGUGUUUCUUACUCCUUGUCGGCCUUUUCGCGAAUCACCGCAUUUUCAAGCAUUACAAUCGUCUCAUCACUAGAGAUUAACGAAAUGCCAGCUAUUACUGCUACCGCUCCUGCUACGCCCGCACCUGCUUCGCUCAAGGCCGUUGUCGCGCCCGUUGACGGACAGUUCAAUGUCACCGGCCUCUUCGUCGCUGAUAAAGCCAGUCGCGCAUCUGCAGCAGCGACUCUCGUCGCUCUCGCUCAAAAGGAUGGCCCUAACGCCCUCCAGUCCAUCGGCUUUACUGAUGCCACCGUCAAGGCAUUGGGUGACAAGAAGUCGCCUGCAGCCCGCGAGGGCGCUGCGAGCGCUGUCGCAGCGCUUGCCAGUUCGGACGCAGUCAAGGCCCUCGAGCCCCUUUUCAUCGAUUCCGGUCUCUAUGCUGCACUCCUCGAGUCUUUCGCUGACAAGAUGCCCGCUGUGCGGACAGCUGCCAUCGAGGCGGUCCGGGCAUACGUUGCACACAUGAACCCAUGGGCGACCGCACUUAUGAUCCCCGCCCUUCUUCACGAGAUCAAGACGGCCGGCAAAUGGCAGGUCAAGACCGGCUCUUUGACGGUCCUCAACCAGCUCGUCACCAGCGCGCCCCUGCAGACUGCCCGUCUCACCCCCGAGAUUGUCCCUGUCCUCUCUGAGGCGAUCUGGGACACCAAGGCCGACGUGAAGAAGGCCGCGCGUGAUUCGCUCGAAAAGGCUACGGCUCUCAUAUCUAACAAGGACAUAGAACGCUUUAUUCCUGCUCUAAUCAAGGCUCUGAUUAACCCCGUCGAGGAAGUUCCUAAUACCAUUUCUCUACUCUCGGCUACCACAUUCGUUUCGGAAGUAGACUCCGCGACGCUUUCGCUCAUGGUUCCCUUGCUGUCGCGUGGUUUGAAUGAGAAGCCUACUGCUACCAAGCGUAAGGUCGCUGUAAUUGUUGACAACAUGGCCAAGCUUGUCGACUCUGCUGUUACCGUCCGUCCCUUCAUUCCUAAACUGCUCCCUGGUCUUCUCAAGGUUGAGACCACCAUUGGUGACCCGGAGGCUCGCAGCGUCGUCGGCCGUGCUAUUGCUACUCUUCGUCAGGUUGGUGAGGUCCCGCACGGUGACGGAUCCGACUUGCCUCCUCUCAAGAAGGCAGACGAGAAGAACCUCGCGCACACGCUCGUCGCCCUCUACAAGAAGGCGGACGCCAGCCAUGUUCCUUCUCCCGGUUCUGUGGAUAUUAUGUACGCUGGAAACCUCGCCGCCAACCUCGUGAAUGCCAAGAACUUUGACGUCUCCGAGUGGCAGUCUUUGGCGCCUUACCUCGCCUUCGCCGUGUCGACGCCUGAGCCCAUCCCCAUCAUCAACGAGUGGGUUGUCAAGUCGGCGUCGCAGGAGGAAGAGGAAGGUGAAGUUCCUGAGGAUGAGGAAGAGGGCGAGGAUCUGUGCAACUGCCAGUUCUCCUUGGCUUACGGUGCUAAGAUCCUGCUCAAUACCGCCACCCUCCGUCUCAAGCGUGGCCACCGCUAUGGUCUCUGCGGUCGCAACGGUACCGGAAAGUCAACCCUCAUGCGCGCUAUCACCAACGGCCAGGUUGAGGGUUUCCCUUCACCGGACGAGGUUCGCACCUUCUACGUCGAGCACGACAUUGACGGCAGCGAGGCCGACACCUCUGUCCUCGACUUUAUCCUCGCCGACAAGCGAAUCGAGGGCACGAAGGAGGAGGUCGUCGAGACUCUUGCUUCCGUGGGUUUCAGCGACGAGAGGCAGAAGCAGGCGAUCGGCAGUCUGUCUGGUGGUUGGAAGAUGAAGCUCGCCCUUGCCCGUGCCAUGUUGUUCAAGGCUGACAUUCUCCUUUUGGACGAGCCGACUAACCAUCUGGACGUCGUCAACGUUGCAUGGUUGGAGAGCUACCUCACCGGCCUAACGGGCUGCACCUCCAUCAUCGUCUCGCACGAUUCUGGGUUCCUCAACAACACGAUCACCGACGUCCUUCACCUGAACCGCUUCAAGCUCAGGAGGUACAAGGGUAACCUUGAGGCUUUCAUGAAGCAGGUUCCUGAGGCGCGUUCCUACUACACGCUUGAGGCGCAGGAGGACUAUCAGUUCAAGCUGCCCGACCCUCCUCUGCUCGAGGGUGUCAAGACGAAGGAGAAGAGUUUGCUCAAGAUGCGCAAGGUCGGCUACCAAUACCCGACUCAGCCUGUCCAGCAGCUCUACGACAUCACGCUCCAAGUCUCGCUUUCGUCGCGUGUCGCUGUCCUCGGUCCCAAUGGCUCUGGCAAGUCGACCCUUGUCAAGCUCCUCAUCGGCGACCUCGAGCCCAACAGGGGUGGUGAGAUCUGGAAGCACCCGAACUUGGUCAUCGGUUACGUGGCGCAGCAUGCGUUCCACCACAUCGAUAGUCACCUCGACAAGACCCCACUCGAGUACAUGCUUUGGCGUUACCAGACCGGCGAGGACCUGGAGGAGAUGAUGAAAGCGAACCGUCAGAUCUCCGAGGAGGAGGCGCAGAAGAUGAAGGACGGCAGUAUCGUCGUCGUCGAGGGUCAGAAGCGCACCAUCGACGAGAUCGUCGGCCGUAAGAAGCUCAAGCAGUCGUACGAGUACGAUGUUUCGUUCAAGGGCCUCAGUUCGUCGGAGAACAUUUGGCUGCCGCGUGACGACUUGAUCAAGCGUGGUUACGAGAAGAAGGUGCUUGAGGUCGACACCCGUGAGGCGCAGCGCCUCGGUCUCCUCCGCCCUCUCGUUCGUCGCGAGAUUGAGAAGCACUUUGCUGACUUCGGUCUUGAGCCAGAGUUCGUCUCGCACAACUCGAUGCGCGGUCUCUCCGGUGGUCAGAAGGUCAAGGUCGUCCUUGGUGCUGCGACGUGGCGUCGCCCUCACAUCAUCUGCUUGGAUGAGCCGACGAACUACCUCGACCGUGAAUCGCUCGCUGCGCUCAUCAAGGCGCUCAAGGAAUUCGAGGGUGGUGUGCUCGUUAUCACGCACAACCGCGACUUCUCCGAGUCGCUGUGCCAGGAGGUGUGGGCGAUGCGCGACGGCCACCUGGAGGCGUCGGGUCACAACUGGGUGGAAGGUCAGGGCGCUGGGCCUCGUAUCGACAAGAAUAACGGCGAGGAUGAGGAUCAAUAUGAUGCGAUGGGCAACAAGAUUGAGAACAAGAAGGCGAAGAAGAUCACGUCUGCAGAGGCACGGAAGCUCAAGAAGGAGCGCAUGGCGCGGAAAAAGCGGGGCGAAGAUGUCACCGACGACGAGCUGUGAUUAUUUUUCUCGACGUCGGUUGUGUCUGUUUUCCUGUCCUCUUUGCUGUGUGUUCUCUAUUCCGGAC